UGAUGGAGAUACAAUACUUGUAUUCAUGAUCACAUGCUCGAACACGGACAAUGAUCUGAUGUGUGCGUAGAUGCGCAGGAUACGUGUUAGGAAUCUGAACUCGUAGUUAACUGUUGAGUCUUUCAUUUUUAAAAAGGUGUCUAAGUGAAUGGUGCAAAUUUUCGGUCGUCUGCCAUUUUUUUUUCAUCAUGAUAAUUCAUAUGAAGGUGGUAUGUCACAGAAUCGAGGCGAGGUCAUCGAAGGAUCUUUAAGACGAAAUUAAUUCUCGGAAAGGUUUGAAUUAUCAGAUUUGUUGAUUCAGCCUGUGAGCUGUGUUUGGACAACAAGAAUGGUAGAAACAAAAACAGGUGUCUUUGGUUACUAUCGAGUGCGGAGAACUGAUCAAGCCUCUAUCAUAAAAUAUCGCAAAGAGCAAUAAGGAAAAAGUUACAGAAAAAAGCGUGAAACCUCGCUCGGCAUUGGAAAUAAAGAUGGCGUUAAUUUACACGAUCAUAUUUCUGUUGUUUGUACCUGCCAGCCUUGCAGACGGACUAUUUGAAAUAUUACUUCCUAAAAAUACGAGUUUAUGGGUCGCAAAUGGAAAGGCAAGGCGAGUCACCUUCGCAUAUGAUCAGGGGGAGGUCGACAACUGGAAUGUGGAACUUACGGACGGCAGAGAUCAUACUGCUCAUGCGUACUCAACUGAUAUAAUAUUUCCGCAGAAAAUUGGCGGAAAAUUAGUUUAUGUAAAGCAAGUACACGUGCCUGAGACCUUGAAAAGUGGCGAAUACAAGGUGAAAAUAUGUGGAUUGCUUAAAGAUGGCAGGAAACUGUGUCAAAAGUCUGAUGCGUUUCACAUCGAAGGCGAUCAAAUGGAAUCUUCGCGUAACAAAGAUGACCUUCAGCCGCACGAAAAGAGAUUUAGAUCCAGACUGAGCGCUUUUGAAGAUUAUUUACGGAAACUGGACGUAGUGGACAUCUGGCCGAUACACGAAACACAUUGUACUAUCCCAAAGAUACAUAAACCCAGCAAAGAAGAGUUCACUGAGAAAUGCAUGAAACCAGGUCAGGCUUGUAUUAUAACGGGCAUGAUGGAAAACUGGAAAGCCAUGGACAAGUGGCUGUUUGAGACAUUCCAGCAUGAUCCUCGCAUAGAGGACGGCGUGUAUAUUGGUCAGAGGCUAACCCCGGUGCCACUAACAAAUUACGUGAAGUAUCUGAAGGAGAGAGCCGCCAACGAGACUGCGCCGUGGGUUAUCUUUAUGUCAGAUGUGUUUGAUCUGUAUCCUGAGCUGCGAGAGGACUACAUCAUCCCAGACUUCUUUGCGGAGUCAGAUGACUUCAUGAACAAUGUGGACGAAGAGCUUCGCCUUGACUGGCGAUGGAUUAUCAUGGCUGCCAAACGGAGUGGCUCAGGAUGGCACGUAGACCCCGCCAACACAACUGGCUGGUUGGCUCUGGUACAGGGAGCUAAAUUAUGGGGCAUGUACCCUCCCUCGGUUUACCACAUUCCAGGUGUGAAGAAUAAUUACUACCAAAAAAGAGACUAUGACAUGGAGGAUGCGUUUUACUGGUGGAUUUACACCCGACCGUAUUUGAAGGGCAACCUUCCCAUAGAGUGUGUGCAGAAGCCAGGUGAUAUCGUGUUUAUACCGACCGGAUGGUGGCACAGUGUCCUCAAUCUGGACGACACUGUUAGCGUUACGCAGAAUUUUUGUAACAAAUACAGUUUGAGAAACUGUCUCAGCGAACUUAAGGAACAGGCAGACAGUGAUGGCGGCUUUAUUGGAAGAACAUUCGAACAGCUCAGGGAGUUAUACGCUACGAAAUAUCCCCAGUAUUUUGAACAGGAAGAUCUGGAUUUUGAGGCACCCGUCAAAGGACAUGGACUCACUGAAGAGGACGAAAAGUCCAGAAGACUGCAAGUUUUGAAAGACUUCCUCGCAGGGAAUACUAAAACUAUUGUUUGAGGUUAAACUGAGUGUCUGAGGGGGAGAACUGUGUAUUCUUUACCUCUCAAAGUAAUUCCUAUAUAAAUAUAAAUUCGUCCAAAUGUGCUUUGAAAUUUUUAAUCACAUCGUGACAUGUUACCAGGGCAACUGUAUGUACUCCACUAAACUUUGAAAAAAAUGCUCAUGGGUGGCAUUUGAAAGAUAGCAGUUUCUGAUACAGAAUCUUUUGAAGAGAUUUUCGAACAAACUGGGUUGGGACAACAUCAAUCUCCCCAGCUGAUAAAUCUUCCCAAUUUAGAUACUCUGAGAAAGUAUAAACAUUGUUUCACGCCUACAGCCUAUACCCUAGUUGAAAAGUUUGAAAAUCUGAAAACCAGAACUAUCCGUUGUGAGCCAUACUGAAUAUACCGGUCUGACAUUCGGAAUUAUGGAGGAGUGUGGAAAGUGAAGUUAACUUUGACUCGCUAUGAGCUCGCUCACCUUUAUAUUUUCAACGACAUUUUUCUUUUCAAGAACGUUUGGCUAUUGGCAGGUGUUUCAAUAGCAGAGUGUGAAAAACGUAUGAAAACAAAUAAAACUUUACAAACUAUCAAAAAGACAAGAGCUUUUUGCGACAGUUGACAAUGACAACAAAUGGUUAUUUGUUUCCACUGAAUCUUUUUGUAGUGCAGUGUAUUAGUUGCAUUACGCGCAUGAUAACUUGUGCUUCUCUGAAAAAUCUCUCCAAUCUUUAUUCCAUCCACUGACACAGCAUUUGAAUAAGUUUUUGGAUAAAGGUAUUAAUUAAACAGAACGUUUGAAGUCUU